AUGGCAGGAUUGGCAAUUGAUAUGUAUUGGAUACUUAGACUUUGGAUACCUAUGUUUAAAAUGAAGGAUUUAGAGCUAUUUGGAAAAUGGAAGAGCAUGGUCAAAGUGAAAGCUCAAAAUUUGAUGAGCAAGGCGCAAAAAACUGGAGCAGGAGGACCAGAACUUUCUCUUUUACUAGAAUUAACAUCGGUAGAAAAAAGACUAAUGGCAAUUAUCGGCUGGAAAAUUGUGAAGCGGGAUAUGGAAAAAGAAAUGGGUGUAGAAAAUGUGUUUGAUGCAGAAGAAAAUCAAGCAGGGAACCCAGGAGAAAGACCAGCAUCAUCCAAAAGAUCAUUGAUAGUCUACACAAUGAAUCGUACUAUGAAAAUCUUGAAAAUGGCUCAAGAGAAAUAUUUAGAAGAUAUGCCAAUGGAUUUUGUUGGAGUUAACAUUUCGGACACCAAUAAUAUUGGUAAUAUUGUGGCAAUAGAUUAUGAUGAGAACACUCUUGAUGAGAACAUCAACCUUCUGGAAAGCAAUAAUAUUAACGAAAACAUUCCUGAUGAAAACAUCAUCAUUGUGGAAAGCAAUAAUAUUAACGACGACGACAUUUCUGAUGAGAACCUCAACAUUUUGGAAAACAAUAAUAUUAGUAAUAAUAUUAUCGUGGUCAUAGAUCCUGAUGAAAACAUUCCUCAAUCGUCAAUAAGUGCCCAAACAGAAGUCACAGGUAUACCAGUCGAGUUUGACUUAGGCAUCCCCAUCAGUGAUGAUGAGUUGUUCAAUAGAGAAAUGUUCGACCUUGCAACAGUGGAACAGAUUCAUGAGUUGCACAACAAUAGUGACAGUUCCAAUGAGUACAAUCCAUCAGAUAGCAACAAUGAAUCAAGCAGUGAAGACUCUAGCAGUCGAGGAAACGAAAAUAUUGACCCCAAUUUGGACAACUUGGAAAAUUCCAGAAAGAGGAAAAGGACAUGCAGAAGGAUGUUCUUGAAUACGUUUGAUUUGGGAUACAAGACUGUCCAAGAAUGGGUGAACAAUAGCAGCGAUGGCAUGCACCAGGAUCGGGAAAGAAAGAUAACCAUUAAGCAAGCAUUGUUAGAUCGCAAACAUUCUAAUAUUGAAACUAUCGAUAGGUUCUUGGAUGAAUUGCCCAAACUUCCAUCUCAUUACUCUCGAAAAGAUUGUUCAAAACUCUUCUUGGAGCCCAUUUUUAAGACGUUGAAGAUUCAAGAGAAAAAUUUAUCCAUUUAUCAACUCAAGAAAGACCAAUGCAAUAUUUGUUGCGCACAUAAGACAGGAAAUAUUUCUGAGGAAAGCUAUAAUGAACAUAGAAACAGAAAUGAUCGAGCACGUCAGGAAAAGCAAGACGACAAAAGUAAAUCAUUGAAUGAGUUUCCCAUUUUAAGCGACGAAGAAGUUUUAGUACUAACCCAUUUUCUAGUAAAAGCUCUAUUACAAAUGUUUGAAAUAUUUGUUGAAUUCGCUGAAAAAGUUGUUUGUUCUAUAUUUCCCAGAUACGAUAGAGUUUUUAAGAAAAUUCAUGUCAGAAUAGCAGAUUUACCAAUAACUGUUGAACCGUUGAGUACAUUUCAGUAA